AUGGCAGAGUUGAAGGAGCCGGCGCACAACAGCCUCUGCCGCUACUCCCAGGACGACACCAACGACCCAUACGACAGACACCAGCAUCCCUCCUUGUCCAGCCAUCAGAGUUUCCCCAACCUCAAGCGGCCCUACUCGGCGACAGAGCAGCCUCCGUACCAGGAGAUCGUUCAGGACCUACGAGACGAUGGCUCGAAGCUCGGCGUGGGGCAUGACCACAAACUGCUCUCGUUCAGGAAAGUCCCGGACAAGCACACAAUCCUCGACCAUCAUGGUCGCAUGCAACAGUUGGAGCUGACCGCUCAACUACAUGGCAUGUUCUUCCUCUCCGAGAUGCCAACGACCAACAACGACGGCUCGGUCAUGCAGCCGGAGCUCACUUGCUACCGGCGAAACCUUUUCCAGGUCAGCGGGUCGCUGAUCACCCCGAGGGGGCAAAUCUCUGUCAUAACAGAGACGGGAGAGACAGCGCCAGUCAGCAGCACAGAGGUAACCAUCUCCUCGAUUGAAUCGGUGGAUGGACACCCAGUCCGACUGAUAGUUAUUCCGUGGAAAACACCACCGCCAAACUCGCCAGAAGUCACCCAGGCGCCAGACCAGGAACCAGCCUCGCUACCAUUGAUUCCGUUCCAGGACGAUGGUUCCGACGCAGACGGGGAAUACGCAGUGUAUCCCAUCGGUUGGCGGCGUCUGCAAUUCCGAAUUGCGACGGCCAACAACGGCAGGAGGAAGGAGCUUCAGCAGCAUUUCGUGGUUCACCUGAAAGUCAUGGGCACAUUGGCAAAUGGAACCAAGGUCGUGCUGACGGAAGCCGCGACCGCGCCAAUCGUGGUGCGAGGACGAAGCCCGCGCAAUUUCCAAGCGAGAAAGGAGAUCCCACUCCUGGGGUCCAGCGCUGGGUCCCGAGGUCAGGCUCUUGUGGAGACCGGGCUGGGCAUUGUUGCUGGGCCUCUGGCGAUCAAGCCGCAAGAAGUGAAGGCGAGGCCCCUCAACAUGGAGCUGCCGCGCACAGCAUUCACGUUCAACGCGCCCAAGUUGCCGGCGAGCCCCAUGACUAGCAUGCGAUCGAAGUAA